AUGUUCAAGGCCUUCCUCUCUAAGUCCCUUUACCCAGUAUGUGUUGAGUUUUCAAGACGGUACAUUCUACAUACACAAGUUUGCGACAGAGACCCUGCAGGCGGGGCCGCGGGGCAGCAGGUAAGGGACCGGACCACCGGUCACCGUUCGGGGGAACAGGGUGUCCAUUCCACUGGCCAUGCAGGGGAUGUGAACCCAGUACUUGUCGGCGAGCGUAGCUGCGGCGGGACAAGCACCUCGUGCCGACGACUCAGGGUUCUAGACAAUGUACCGCUCCUCACCGAGGGGGUUACUUUGUGCGAGACGUGUGGACGUCUUCCGCUUAGGGGGAGGUCCCAAGACAGCCGUGUGAGGGUCCGGGCCGGAACGGCCCGGCGUUCAUGGCAGUUGCACCGCCGUGGUGCCUGCCCAUGUCAGCCGGGCCAAGCCUGGUCUAUAGAAGCCAUCAGCACCCGCGCCCGAGGGUGCGAGUUGAUGUCCUUCGGCUAG